AUGCUGACCCCCCACCCGCCCACCGACACUCCCUAUACUGACCCUCCACCCGCCCGCCGCCAACUCCACCCCACCCUCACCCAGCCCGUCAUGGCUCGCCCCUUACAGCCCCGUCCCGCCGCGCCCACGCCCUAUCCCAUUAUCUACUACCUACUCCAUUCUACCCUCUCCUACCUCACCCCGCCCACCACCUCCAUCCCUACCCCCCUACGCAGUCGCACCACACCCCACUCCCCUCAGUCCCAAGUCCCAACCCUUCCCUGCCUCAACCCGCGCAGCCCAGGCCACCCGCCCCGCCCCGCCCAGACUCUUAAGACAAGCAGCCGCGGAGCACCGCGGGACGUAACGAAGGGAAAGGACGUGCCCACCGACACCUUAAUGGCGCGCACCACUUUUGAUCGCCCGGAUUCACCAUAA